AUGAAGGGAUACCUCUCUUUUGAACAAGUUGUGGCUAUGCCUAAAUAUUCCAUCAAACUGGCUUACAACAGUUUGCUUCCUGUAAAUGCCAGACAGCCAUGGGCAACUGUUAUUUGGGAUAGGUUGGGGGUUCCAAAACACAGAUUUAUCACUUGGUUGGCUAUGCUGGAUAGAAUUAACACCAAGGAGAAACUGAUGAAAAUAGGUGUUACUGAUGAUAAUCUCUGUCUCUUGUGUGGGACAGCAGUGGAAAAUCAGAACCACCUGUUCUUUAGAUGUGAAUACAGCUCCAAAUGUUGGGAUAAUGUAUCUAAAUGGCUUGGUAUAGCUCCAGCUAUCUCUGAUCUUCACAGAUUGAUUCAUUGGGUUCAAAAAAGGAAAAUUUCAAAAUUCAGAAAGGGAGUGACUAUCACUGGUAUACUUUGUACAGUUUACCAUAUAUGGAAGGAAAGGAAUAAUGCACUCUGGAAUGCACAGAUUAGAAGAGUAGACAAGGUGUGUGAUACCAUACAGAAAACUAUACAUAAUAGGAUUUCUACUGUCUUACCUAGGGUUGUUAGCACUAGGGAUCAUAGCUGGUUUUUAGCCCUGGUCACAUGGUAG